GCGGCCUGGCUCUGGUUCUGGUGUCGGGUCGCAUGGAUAAGGAAAUGCCGCCGCAGAAGCUGCGCUCGCUGUCGGUGACCGUACAGGACGGACUUCGUUCGGCAGUGAAAGUGCCGUCGCUCGCCCACUGCCUGGAAGAAUUGCUGCUGAACAGCCUGGCAGCCGGCUGCGGUUGCGUGGCGGCUCGCGUUAACGCAGAUAUCGGGCGCGUGCAGGUGGCAGAUAACGGCGUGGGGCUGGAGCGCGCGGCGCUGGUGCUGGCGGGAGCGCGCUACCACAGUAGCCGCGCCAUUGGGUCUGGGGAAAGGCCUGGGGCCCGGCAGGGUGGGGUUCCCUGGAAUACACGGCCAGACUGCCCCUGGGAUGGACAGGGAGGGGGUUCCGGGGGUUCUACAGAGGAAGAGAAUCCCGGGAGUGGACAGGGAGAAGAACUCGGGGGUGGAGAGGGCCCUGGAGAAGGAUUGGAGGAGGAGCCUGAAGUGGGGCCUGGGUGUCGUGGUGAGGCACUGGCCAGCAUUGCACACUUGUCGGGUCUGCUGGAGAUAGUGAGCAGGCCACGAGGUGGUGGCAGCCAGACAUGGGUCAAGUUGUUCCGCAAUGGACAGGCCCAGCAGGUGUACAGGGCCGAGGUAGCCAGGCCCAGCCCCGGCACCACUGUCACUGUAUGCAAUCUCUUUUACCGACUGCCAGUGAGGCGACGCCGUAUGAUCCGAACCCUGGAGUGGGAGCAGAUCCGUCUCAGAGUUCAAGCCCUGAGUCUUCUGCAUCCUGGAGUCUCCUUCACCUUGCGGAACGAAGCCUCUUCCACAGCUGGAGGCUCGCUUGUAGUCAGGCUGCCGAAAGCGAGCAGCUUGCCGGCUCGCUUUGCUCAGAUCUACGGUACACAGAAGGCAGCAGCUCUUGGCCCUGUUCAGCACUCAAAUGACUGUUUCCAUAUCAGCGGUUUCAUUAGCCGACAGGGCCACCAUACCAAGGCACAGCGGCAGGUGUUUGUCAAUGGGCGACUGGUGCUAAAAACCCGUAUACAUGUGCAACUGGAUUUGCUGAUCAGGCGAAGCAGCCUGAUAUGUAGGUCAGGAUGCUCUACUGGGUCCCGUGGAAGCCCUGAUCUCCACCCUGUUUAUAUCAUCAAUGUCAGGUGUGACCAUAGGCAGUAUGAUGCCUGCUGGGAGACUGGUCGCACCUUGCUGGAGUUCAGCUCCUGGGACCUGCUGCUGAGCUGCUUGGAGGAGGGAGUCCAUGCCUUCCUGCUACAGGAGAAACUGCUACUGGAGCCUUUAGAGGAACAGGAACAUCCCCAGUCACCUCUUCUCAGCUCAAAACCUGUGUUCUCACAUGAAAUGGCUGCAGUCCAGUCCAAAUCUGUUUAUAGGCAGGCAGUACUACCUGAAACCUCUAGGGAAAAUGCUGUGUAUCAGGGGCUUGCAACAAUUGAGAAGGUUGGGGUGUUGGGUGCUGAGGAUGAAGAACCAGUCUCGGAACAUUCAGGCAUUGCGCUACACUCUACUGAAGCUCCAAAACCCAUUUUAGACAUUGCUGGUCAGCGGACAACUGCCUGCAACAAGUCUCUGUGGAAAGAGUCAGGAGACAGCAGUUCCCUCAGCGGCCUGAGUACAUCAGAUAGCCCUGAGACACAGCCAAUGAAGCUGGUGCAGCCCAGCAGAGAGCAGGUGCUCACAAAAGGAGAUGGAAUUUAUCAGAUUGCUGUUGCUUAUGAGAGUGAGGGCUCAUCAGGUAGCAGUGUCUCACCUCAAGAGGAGGUGCAGACAACAGAAGGGGAGGUUAGUGGACUGCAGACAGGGCGAAAGGAGCUCUCGGGAAAACAGACACACAAGGAGAGUCAGGGAGUGGAACUUGGUGUCACAGGUCUUAUAACCCAUGUGAUCCCUAUGAAAAUGAAAGGUUCUGACCUCGAACGUGGAAACGAUACAGAGAGGGGACGUACCUUUCACUUAGGCCCAGUCAGUGCCUGGGAUAUUAAUGAGAGAUUGAAAAGGGGAUGUACUCGGCUUAUGGCUGGGGGCAAUAUGCACUUGAGUGACACUAGGGAAUGUGGGAAGGCCGAACCCCGAAGAUCCAACAGGCUUUGUCAGAAAGUUCAGAGUACUUCCCAGUAUCAUAAUCAGUCUGGGAGCCUCACUGAAUCAGUGAUGACACCUGGGAAGAUUAUGUCACUGAAAGAUCAUGUUAAUUCCAAGUGCAGAAAAGUUGCCAAUUGUGAACCUAUCUCCUGUCAAGCUAGAUUCCGCAGCAAGCUAAGUAUGUCUCUGAUAACUGCUUCGCUGGAUGCAUUUAGAAGAGAAUAUGGGAGGGCCAGUGGUCAGGAUGGAAGCAACUCUUCCCAACAUACUGAGGUCACUCGACAUGGCGAUGGUAGUCUAGCCAUGAAAUCGAUACCAGAGGAUGCCACGGUAAUUAAAGAAGCAGACAAUUUGAACCAGAAUGUAGGUGCAAGAUGCCCAGACUUUGGAGCUAAUGUCUGCAGUGAGAGUUUACUGCACAGCCAGUCUGUUGGCUUCCAAAGGAAUUUGCAUACUUGUGGCUCUAGGUCAAUAGCUGGACACAUAUCCCAAGUGCAGCCCAGUCUUAUUGCACAAGCUACUUAUUCACAAAACAAAAACAUUACCCCUGUUUCCAAGGGGCUUCCAAAAACCUUGGCUGCAAAAUUGUCCAGAUUAAAAUACCUUGGACAAGGAGAGAAGAGUUGGGAGUGCAAUUCAAGGAGUUUUGCAGACUGUAUUUCACCUUUCCAGAGCCUAGAGAGGCUUCCGGAGCUGGAACAUGCAUCUCCACACUGUUUAUCUCCAGAACCACAGCUCUCAGGAGCUGAAGCAAACUCUGAUAACUGUGCGGGAGUUGGUGGAGAGGGAAGUUGUACAGGUGCUGGAAAUAUAUGCAACCUUGCUAUGAUUAAUGAAAAGUCUAAUUCAGAGGAAUUGUCUCGUGCUACAACUGAGGAAAGGGCAGUUGAUGGAGCAGUUUCACAGCCUGAGCUGCACCCUGGAGACCAACCCCAAACAGAUGAAACAAUUGAAGAGCACUUAAGCCAACAGGAUGAUGCUGUGGCCAGCAGUAAGGAAUUUGACCCUUCAUGGAUUCCCACAGUACCAGGAGCUGCUGAAGCAGAUGUUGGUGUGGGCACCCGUCAAGGUGUCAAUACUUUGAAAGGUUUUUCUUCACAAUGGCUGCAGUAUUUUGACGGAUCUCUGGGGAAGACGGUGUAUGUAAACAGUGUGACUGGAGUGAGCAGCUAUGAACUUGCACCAGAGUCUCAGACACAUGCUGCCUGCACGAAAGACUUCACAACUAUGGCAGUUAACGUCCUCAUGAAGACUGGUGUCACAUACCGAUGCUACCCGUUCCGCAGUGAAAACCUGAUCCCAUUCUUGCCUCGGUCACGAGAAGAAAGACAGGAAGGCAAAGCUGAUGAAGGGCUUGGUGAUGGAAGAGAUGCUCAGCUGGGGUCAAGUGAGUCAUUGCGUUCUUUAUUCCUGGAGUGGAGGAAUCCAGUCUUUUUCCGACCUCCAGAGGUUGCUGUUGAUGUUAGCAGUGAGCAAGCUGACAAUUUGGCAGUGAAGAUUCACAAUGUAUUGUAUCCCUACCGUUUUACAAAGGACAUGAUCAGUUCAAUGCAGGUCCUUAGUCAGGUGGACAACAAGUUCAUUGCAUGCUUGAUAAAUACGAGACUUGACCAAGGGACAACUGCAGGAAAUAACCUGCUGGUGCUGGUGGAUCAGCAUGCUGCACACGAGAGAGUACGUCUAGAGCAGCUCAUUUCAGGUAGUUUUGAGACGGUGCCGGGGACUUCGAGCCAUAGGAGGCUGUGCACCUCUACAGUAUGUCCACCAAUUGAGAUAAGCUGCACCCAGCACGAGACUGCACUUCUGCGAGUGUAUAGGAAGCAGUUAGAGGCUGCUGGUGUACAGGUGGAGUUCAGAGAUACGGGAGGUUCGCAGGUUCUGAUCAGGAAGGUGCCAGCUUGUUUCAUAGAGAGAGAAGCAACUGAGGUUCGAAGAGGACGACAACCUGUCACUCAAGCCAUUCUCCAGGAGUUUCUCAGAGAACAGAUUGAGGUGCUUCAGUCAACAGGAGGAUUCCAGGGUGUGUUGUCACGUACUGUGCUCAAGGUGCUCUCUUCGCAGGCCUGCCACGGGGCAGUGAAGUUUGGGGAUACACUGAGUGUGGACGAGUGUAGGAGCCUCAUCGACUCGCUGGCCAGCUGCGACCUGCCAUUCCAGUGUGCUCACGGACGACCCUCCAUGCACCCUCUGGCAGAUCUGGAUCAUCUGAAUAUUGACCACGAGACACCUAUUCCUCCAUCGCUCUGUGUGAUGCUCCAGAAUAUGCUUAUGCUUCAGGUUCCAGCAUCUGCGAUCUCUUGUCUCUAAAUCCUUUGCAUUUGAACAUGGUUGUUGAAAGCGGAAUCACAAGUACACAAGUGAUAAAAAAAAAAGAGCAUUUAGAACUCCGGCCUUCAACGUUCAGGGCAUCGAGUACAAGAGAUCGGACAUUAUGUUGCAGUUUCACAUGUAACGGUCUUUGCCCCACUGACCCACCGUUGCUUAGGUCGACCCCGCCAAACAGUGCAAUUGCUUUGGUGCGGAUAAGGUGUGAGUCACCCAAAGAACAGCCACAACACAAAUAUGAAACAAUAUACAAAGUGUUCCCAACAGACCUAAUUUACAGAAGCUGAGGAUGCUGAGGGAAGUGUGGAUGAGCGAAGAGGUUUUGUGAUUGCCCUGUGUUGUUUCAGUGGAACUGCCCCAUUAUGAAAUGGACAAAAUCCCAUUGUGAACCUCUGGUCUGCAAUGACAUUAACCUGACCACUUGGCCAGCUGUGUUCUUUGUAUUGACUGUCCAUCAAAGGUGCACGAGGUAGGAACUUGGUGCUGGGUGUAACUACUCUGUGUGUGUUGAGCUUGUGUUUUGUAUGCACUGUUUUAUUGCUAAACUAUUUAUUUGAAUAAAUGAAACUUGA